AUGGCGGCGGAAAAGUCCACCACCGCGAUGAUGACGUCUGCGUUCACGCUUCUGCACGAUAAGAACAUGCUCGCGCCCGCCUCGGCCUCGUCGUGGUGCCCGACGAUGGACCUCCUCGCGCUCGCGACGACGGACGGCCAGCUCUCGCUCGCGCGACUCGAUUGGAACAAGCAAGGCGGCGAGCGCGAGAACAAGCUGUGGACGACGAACCCCGACAGCGCGGUCACCGCGCUCGGGUGGCGACCGGACGGCCGCGUCCUCGUCUCCGGGCACGCGGACGGGUCGAUCCAGCUGUACCACGUCGAGGACGGGGAGAUUUUACAUCACUCGCGGCCGCACGCGGCGGCGGUGACGAGCCUACACUGGCAGGACGCGCCGGCGUCGGACGCGACGCGCUCGAGCGCGGCGUACCAGUCCGUCGUCAGCCGGUUCGCGCUGCCGACGACGACGACGAAAAGCGGCGGCGCGGGGAGGGGAGGGGGACUCGCCGGCGCGAAGGGGAAGGAAGGCGGCGGCGGCGGCGCGGGGUCGAGGACGUUGUUCGACCACUUCAAUCCCCCCGCGAAGCUCUCCGUCCUCGUCGGCGGCGACGCGCGAGGGGUCGUGACCAUGUCCGCGCACGGGGUGUUCCCGAUCGGCGUCGCGGACGUCGCCGCCGCGGGAUUGGGGAUGUUAGGGGGGUUCUUCGGCGAAGGGGAAGGACUGGUGGAGUCGUCGUCGUCGUCGUCGUUCAGCGUGCAACACGCGUCGUUGUCGCCGGACAUGGCCCGGGUGCUCGUCGCGUUCACCGCGGCCCCGUCGUCGUCGUCGUCCUCCUCCUCCUCCGCCGCGUUCGUGGCGACCGCGGCCGCGCCGCUGCUCGCCGCGCGGUCCAGAGAGAUGUGCGAGAUCGCGUCGCACGGGUCGCAGUGCGUCAAGCUCGCGAACGAGUCGUGCGCGGAGAUCGACGCCGCGUCGACGGCGUGGUCGAAAGCUUUCGGGGACUUUUCGUCGAAAAUGCGCGCGCUGCGAGAGCGCCUCGCGACGCACUGGCGGCACUCGGACGAGUUCGAUCCCGCGGAACCGACGCCGCCGAGCGUGGAGGAGCACUUCCUGUCGCUGCUCGCGACCGGGACGGUGAACGACGCGAUGGAGGAGUUUUUCACGCACGAGUUUCAACCGAGCGCGGCGCGGCGAGUGGCGAAAACCGUCGACGCCGCCGCGAACGCCGCGCACGCCGCGCUCCUGGAGACGAUCCUCCCCACCGCGGAGGCGGCCGUCCUGAGGCUUGCCGAGCUCCAGGCGCUCGCGAGGUGGAGAGAGCGCGUCUCCGCGGUCGGCCUCAGCGAAGUCGCCGUCGACGCCGCGCUCGACGCGGCGGAGAGGCACUGCCUCGCCGCGGGCGUCGCGAUUCGCGCCGCCACCGCGCACGCGGCGCGGCUGCGCGCGUUCUUCGUCCUCAUCCUCCGCACGCAGCGGGUCAUCAUGGGCGAGAACCCGGACGGCGGCGGCGAGGACGACGACGCGAACGCGCUGCCGGCGCUGAACCCGGGGUUACUCCGGGAGUUAUUCCGCGACGGCGUCGACGCGGACGCGCUCGGCGCGCACUUGAAACCUCCCUCUCCUCCUCCUCCCUCCGCGGCGGCGGCCGAUCGGGACGACGCCCAGGACGCCGCCGAGCGGCUCCGUCGCGGGAGGCUCGACCGAGGCGACGACGAUGACCACCGGGACCGGGAGGACGCGGAGACGGACGCGCGAUCGAAGACCGCGGCGGCGCGGGACGCGUUCCUCGCCGCCGUCCGCGGCGCCGCCGCCGCGGCGGGGUUCGGCGGCGAAGACGCCGCGUCCGCGUCAGAUCGGCGGCAGCGCGUGCCGCCGCUGUGGAGCGCCGCCGCGGAGCUCAGAGGCGCGUGCGUCGCCGCGCUCGACGGCCCGGCCGCGGCGAUGUCCGCGUCGCUGCGAUUCGGCCCCGCGUUCGCGGUCGUCGCGUCCGGCGUCGACGCCGCCGGCGCGGCGGCGCCGCCGAAGAUUUCGCACGGGGGGUGGUCCGACGACGGCGACGCGGAGACGCUCGUAUUCCACGCCGGCGGCGACGUCGUCCAGGAUGGCGAAGAAGAAUCGCGACAAAAACAACAACGUCAGCACGUCGGGACGCUCACCUUGCGCCGCGGCGUCCCCGAGCGCGCGAUGUCGCUGCGGGUGGAGGAGGGCCGAGAAGUCGUCGACGCGCGCGCGUACACGGAGGGUCGCGUGCUGGUGUUGACGCAGCCCGCGGGGGGCGACGACGCGGCGCCGGGCGCGGCCGCGGCGUCCGCGGCGAUGAUCGACCCGUCCGAGCUCCCCGGCGGCGGCGAGGGCGCGAGCGUGGAGGCGGGAGGCGGCACGGUCGCGAGGCCCCGGCCGCCGCCGGGGUGCGUCCCGGAGGCGGGGGUGUUGGACGCGUCGGCGGCGAGGGCGCGGCGGCUCCCGGGGCUGGUCGCGACCGCGCCGCUCGCGGUCGGUCCCGCGAAGGGGCUCGCCGCGGUGCUGGUCGGGUCGCGGCGGAUCGUGUUGUUGGACCUGGAGGAGGACGAGUGCGACGAGGAUGACGACGAGGAGGAGGAGUAA